CAACCAUUAAAUGGAUUAUAAUUACCAUCAUCACAAUCUUCUUAAUCCACAACAAAUUAGUCUCCACAUAUUGGAAGGCAAGGCAAAUUAAUACCUCAUAAUAUCCUGGUUGGCAUUAACAUUAAUUUUUUUGAAUGGCUCUGUGAUAAUCCUCAACACAAGUAAUACAAUUAUAUUUAGAAUUUCCAAAACAAUUUUCACAAUACUUAUUACAUUAAACACAAGUGCUUGUUUAAUAAAAUUUAAAUGGUUUACACAAACACAUUCCAUUAUAUAAAUAAAAUUCAGUGUUUAUACAUUAAGUGCAUGUUUCAGCACUCGUACAAGUAGAACAUCCAGGUUAAUUACAAUCUUUACAACUAUAAGUUUCAGUUGUUGA